AUGAAAAAACUAAUUACUUUAGUGUUUAUUAUAGAAGUGAUCUAAGGGUCAGAACAGUGUUAAUGUUCCAAUUUUACACAACCUUAAUAUUGUUCAUCCUUUUAAGGAUGUAAUUGGAAUGGAAAAAAUUGUUAUCAACCUAAUUGCACAGAGACAACAAUUUAAUGGAAAUGUAUAACUCCUUAAUGUGCUUGGUAUUUGGAUGCAUGUCAUAAUGGAUAAUAGUGCAAUUAUUAUACAGAUAAAUAAAUUUGUAAUCAAAUAUUUGGAUGUAUUGCAAAUGAUGGUUAUUGUCUUCCCUAUGAAGAUUGUAAUUAUACAACUUAAAAUAAAUGUAAUGGAAUUACUCCAACAGGAAUAUAAUGCUUUUGGAAUUCAUAAACUUAGAGUUGCCUUAAAUUUGAAACAUGUAAUAAAUUAUCUUUGGAUAAUAAUGAUUGCAAUUCUAUACCCUAUUGCAUUUAAAAAAAGAAAUAAUGUGAGAGUUUUAGUAACUUAAAAUGUUCUGAUAUGGAAAGUGUAUUUUCUAUCAUCAUUAAUAGUAAUAUGAAUGUAGCAGAAUGGCUUCUUAUGAAUGUUCAUGGUAAAAUGGAAACUGUUUAUAUGUUGCUUGUUCUACUUAUACGACUCCAUCAUCAUGUAAUGCUAAUUCUUGCAUUUGGAAUGGAUCAUCUUGUUUAUAUUGUCCAGUAAUCAUUUAAAUAUAUAAAAUAUAGGUUGAUAAUUCUUAGACAAGUUUAUUAAUCGUUUUCAAUCUCCUUAUUUCAGUAAUGUUAUUUUGA